AUGGCUGAAUCCAAAAGUGUUAGUGUCCCUUUGGCUAAUCAUUUUAAACUAUCAAAUGAUUUAUGUCCUAAAACUAAAGAAGAGUUUGAAAGGAUGGCACAAGUGCCUUAUCAUAAUGCAGUUGGGUCUGUUAUGUAUCUCAUGGUGUGCUCUAAACCUGAUUUGGCAUAUUCUAUAAGUGUUUUGAGUAGAUAUAUGGCAAAUCCAGGUGAGACACAUUGGGACGCCAUGAAGUGGCUUCUUAGGUACAUUAAGGGGACCUCAAACUUAGGGAUUCAGUUUAGAAAACAAGCUGAAAGUGUUAUUUUGAAAGGAUUUACUGAUUCUGAUUAUGCAGGUGAUAGGAUUAAUAGAAAAUCUACUUCUUCAUACAUGUAUACUUUGUGCAAUUCUUGCACAAGCUGGAAAUCCCAACUUCAAAAGAUUGUGGCUUUGUCUUCAACUGAGAUUGAAUACAUUACAGCCACCGAUGCCAUCCAAGAAGGAAUUUGGUUAAAAUGA